AUGCAGGAGGCGACGACGGUGGGGAGGAUGUGGAACCCGUCGCUGUACAUUGGGUCCAUCGUGCAGGACCCGCAGGACAGGGUCGCCAUCCUGCCGCCUCGCAUCAAGGAGUCCAUGCCCUCGCCGGAGCCGAAGCCUGGCGAGGCGGGCUGGCUCUACCGGGUGCUCGAGCCGUGGUAUUCGCGGGAGUGCGUCGACAACGUGAUGCAGGCCAUGCUCGGAGGGCAGAUCUCCUCCGGCGCCGCCUGGCCGCGGCGAUUCGCGGAGCAGAUUUGCCAGCUCUACGGCGUGCCGGUGGCGCUGCCCACGUCCUCGGGCGCGUCCGCCUUGCACGUGGCGCUGCUGGCGUGCGACCUCGGGCCGCAGGACCACGUCCUGGUCCCGGCGCUCACCAUGGUCGCCGUCGCGAACAUGGUCAAGAUGGUCGGUUCCAGGCCCUUGUACUGCGACAACGCGCCCGGCUCCCUCAACCCAGGCACGGAGGAGAUACUCAAGCGGGCCACCCCGCGGACGAAGGCGGUGAUCGUGUGCCACACGUACGGGGUGGCGUGCAGGGACAUAGAGGCGAUCGCGGAGCUGUGCCGGGACCGCGGCUGGUGGCUCGUGGAGGAUAUCUGUGAGGCAAUGGGCACCAGAGCUGACAACGGAAAGCUCGUGGGCACGUUCGGCGAUUUCGCCGUGUCCUCCCUCUACGCCAACAAGCAGAUCACGGCUGGCGACGGCGGCUGGGUGCACGCUCGGGAGAAGAAGCACCACGAUCGCCUCAAGUCGUUGAUCAACCACGGGUUCGAUCCCGCGUACCAUUUCCUUCACUUCGAGACGGCCCCAAACGCGAAGAUGAACGGACUCGGCGCAGCCUUCGUGUGCUCGCAGGUGAAGGAGCUGCCUGGCAUUAUGCAGCACAGGGGACACCUCGCAGCAUGGUACCGCGAACAAUUAUCCGACGUCCCCGAGCUCAGGUGCAUGGAGCAGAGGCAGAACGAUUCCCCGUGGGUCUUCGGGGUGGAGACCCGGGACAGAAAAACUCGGGACGCGUUGCGCGACCAUUUGGCAUUGCAUGGGAUCGAGACGAGGAACUAUUUUUAUCCCCUGCACCUCGAGCCUGUGAAUUUCUACGGGAACGACGUGGGAGUCUACGACAUUGUCUUACCCGUCGCAGAGGCGUUGGCGCAGGUGGGCUUCUACCUGCCCACGCACUCGUUCCUGGAGCGCCAGGACGUGAUCUACAUCUGCAGCAGAGUGAAGAGUUUUUACCAGAGCGCCACGGAGGCCACGCCCGCGCCCAGAUCGCUGGGGUGGGCCGACGUAGAGCGCUCCAAGCUCCUGGAGAGGGACGAGCAGUGA